AGCGUGCCGGAUAACACAGGUACACAAAACUUGGCUAUGCAGGAAAUACGGAACCACAGUUCAUUAUUCCAUCAUGUAUUGCAAUCAGAGAGUCAGCAAAAGUAGGUGACCAAGCCCAGAGGAGAGUACUGAAGGGGGUUGAUGAUCUAGACUUCUUCAUAGGAGAUGAAGCAAUAGAUAAACCUACCUAUGCUACAAAGUGGCCUAUACGACAUGGUCUUGUUGAAGAUUGGGAUCUCAUGGAGAGAUUCAUGGAGCAAGUAAUUUUCAAAUAUCUUCGUGCUGAACCUGAAGAUCAUUACUUUUUAAUGACAGAACCGCCACUGAACACUCCAGAAAACAGAGAGUAUCUUGCAGAAAUCAUAUUUGAAUCUUUUAAUAUACCAGGACUUUACAUUGCUGUUCAGGCAGUGUUGGCCUUAGCUGCAUCUUGGACUUCACGGCAGGUUGGCGAGCGUACAUUAACAGGAAUAGUCGUUGACAGUGGUGAUGGAGUAACGCAUGUAAUUCCUGUGGCAGAAGGAUAUGUAAUUGGAAGUUGCAUCAAACAUAUCCCUGUUGCAGGGAGAGAUAUUACAUACUUCAUUCAGCAGCUCCUAAGGGACAGGGAGGUGGGAAUUCCACCUGAACAGUCUCUGGAGACAGCAAAAGCUAUAAAGGAAAAAUAUUGUUACAUUUGCCCUGACAUAGUAAAAGAAUUUGCCAAAUAUGAUGUAGAUCCACGAAAAUGGAUCAAACAGUACACGGGCAUCAACGCAAUCAACAAAAAAAAAUUCAUUAUAGAUGUUGGUUAUGAACGGUUUCUUGGACCUGAAAUUUUCUUUCAUCCUGAGCUUGCUAAUCCAGAUUUUAUCGAAUCCAUUUCGGAUGUUGUUGAUGAAGUUAUACAGAAUUGUCCCAUUGAUGUUCGUCGUCCAUUAUAUAAGAAUGUUGUUCUUUCAGGAGGAUCCACAAUGUUUAGGGAUUUUGGACGUCGACUACAGAGAGAUUUGAAAAGAGUAGUGGAUGCGAGAUUGAAGCUUAGUGAAGAACUCAGUGGUGGACGGAUAAAGCCCAAACCAGUUGAAGUUCAAGUGAUAACACACCAUAUGCAGCGCUAUGCAGUUUGGUUUGGAGGAUCCAUGCUUGCUUCAACACCAGAGUUUUUCCAAGUUUGUCACACCAAGAAGGAUUAUGAAGAAUAUGGCCCUAGUAUUUGUCGUCAUAAUCCUGUCUUUGGAGUCAUGUCAUAACACUUGUCUAAUCGAAGUCAUGAGUUGGUUAUUUUGCUGGUGAAGAAACUCUUCAGAAAUGGAUGAAGAUGGCAGUUACUGUAAAUAUUGAAGCAAGAUGUGGGUGUUCAUCUCUUGGUGCAUUUGGAUCUCGUAGUGCACAAUAACACUAUAAAUGGCCCAGAACCAUUUCUGUGAAAGACAUUUAUGUGCUGACUACCAGUCCUUACCUUUCUUCUUGAAUGUCAGCUUCAGUCUAGGUAACAGGCAAGUCUCCAUUUAGGAGAAUGUGAAAACACUAUUGGAGUCAGUCUAGAAGAUUACAGCAUUGCUUUACUGCCUCUGGAGAGGAAAAAGGAUUUAAGCCUUUCCCACUUAGGCCAUAUUCUUGCAAUCUAAUCUCAGUGGAUGAAUUGCUGUGCCUAUGUGAGUCCUGUUAACUUCAGUGGGACUCGGCUUGGGUAGAAGUGUCUGUCUGCACAGAUUAGAUUGCAGGAUUGGGGCCUUUCUCUGUACAUAAAUGUUCUAAACUUGGAAUAGAAAUGUAUGCUUGACAUCAUUUUCAAAGUUCUGAUAUUGGUAGGGGAUAAUGACCAGUUCUAAGCACAAACAAAACUCCUGUUGGAUUUCUGCAAUUGUUGCAUUUGGAGCCAUAGUAGUGUUGUUGCAGAGUUCCAGUAGGAGUGAAACAUCUAUCAAUAGUAUGGAGUGCUGUUACAAGUUUUUAGUUGUGAGAUAUGUACUGGAGUGAUGCUGGUGAGUUUUGUUGGCAAAACAAAAAACAAUUUUUUUGACACAAGUUCUUGAAAAUGGUAUUUUGUUUGAGUGACAUGAACUUCAAUUUAAUGUAUUGUUGAGAUUUAUUACAGGCUAUAUAUUUUUGUCAUGUUUGAACUUUCUAGAAGCUAUUUUAUAGACAAGGACAUUUUGUUUUCUGUUGACGAGUGGUGGAUGAAAAGCUCCCUUGCACCAGUGAAAUAAAAGCUGUUAAUGUCUUUA